AUGAGACUUAGAAAUGAUCCUGAGCUCCACAUAAUCCACUGUGAUACCGACUGGGACAGACAGGAUCUCUACGAUGGGGGGAACACCCAGGAGCCUCAGCUGAUCAAUUGUGUCCGAAUCUUUGAGGGAUAUCGCUCAAAAUAUGUUCCCAAAUCCAAGUAUCUGCACAAAGUUUUUGAAGUCGAAAACUUGGAGCUUACAGACCGUGCCUCACCUAUUUCUGAAUGGUCUUAUGAAUCUGAAUUUGAGAAAUUAUUCUCUUAUCCUUUUGUCUCAUCAUAUAAGCCAUGUCUCCAGGUUUCGCGUGAAGAGCUGUCAGCAUUGGCUUUGAUUCUGGGGAUGAAUCUAUGCGUCUGCGAAAGCCACAACCCAUAUUCACUGCACGGCGAAGGGGCUUUUGGAAUAUCAGCAUCAGCAACAUUGAGCCAUGAUAUGCACUGGCAGUUAAGGUUCGUGCGGACAUCGAGGCGGCCGAGGCAUGAUCCUUCAGCUGGCAGUGGCUAUUCGACUCUCUUUGCUAAGUAUCUAGCAUGCGGCGCUAUCCCAUUUGCACGAGGAAAUAGUGAAAAUGAUUCAAAAUGGAUCAAGUCUGUCUACAUACAAGAUCUCAGCAAGUUCGAGGAAGGAGGAUAUUUCAAGGAUCUCAAGGAUGACGAUUGCCUGCCAGACGCUCUAGAAUACCUAUCACGACUUCCCACCUCUGAGACAACGAUGCUCUGGCCCCAUUUGCUUGAGACACAAUCAACAAACCGUCACAAGGAUUGGGGCUUGGUAAAAACAAUUGAUAAUCAAACAACAGGGACUUGGUGGGACGCUGUUGCUGGAAUUCCAUUUGGCGGCCUGGUACCACAGACGACGAGAGAAAUAAAGCAAGCGGUCCAAUUCACAGUCUCUGAGCUACCAACCGUCUUAGACAUCACUACUCGUUGCGAAAGUGACAGUUUGCUCAAUGAGCUUGAGAUGCUCAUCAAUGAAUCACAUCGCCAACAUGAGUCGUUAAACCUAUUUGGCAACCAUGUCCACGAGAGAGCAAAAUCACUGGAUACCGAUAUCAAUUUCGUGACCAAGUGUUACGAUACUAGAGACGCUGCAGCUGUCUUUGGGCGAUACAUGACUCUGCUAGAGCACCUCAGUGCUACUUGCUUUCCUGGUGGGUCCGCGAACGAUUUGGAGUCACUGCAUGGACAAGUUUCUUCAUACCUGAAAAGAAGCUAUCGGACAUGGAUAGCAAGUGAUUCCAAAAAGGAUACCAAAGAUGUAUUACAGAAACUCGGUAUAGUAAUCAAAGGUGUCCGGCGAGCGUAUGAAGAAACGAGAACACUCUCGCCUGAUCAAACAGCAAAAGUGACUUGCUGCCUCAUUGCCGCUUGGGCAGAGAAUGUGCAAGAAAUUAAUCUAGGACUGCGACGGCGGAGUCAAGACUCGAUUGCAAAGCAUGGCCGGAUAGCGAAUGGAGAGAUGAUCAACGAUCAAGGCCGGCAAUUGGAUCAUACCACUUAUGUGGAAGAUCUGCCACCAAUCAUAGCACUGUCAUGA